GUUUCAUUUAUUAAUUUCGAUACAUACAUAAACACUAAUGUUAUCGUAACAAAAUUUACAGUAAAUAAAUACAAAUUAAAUGUGAACGUGCACCGCAUCUAGCGCUUUAAAAGUGAAAUGCAAUCUAGUAUAAUUCCCAGUAUUGUAAAAUAUCGCUUCUCACUGUUGUUCCACAAACCUCGCCCGUACAGCGACGAUAAUGAUAAAUUCGACGAGAGGCGGAAGGUCUUCGAAUUGGAAUACGUACUCAAGCAGACGCAUAUUCAACUUAAGGAAUUAAAGAGGAAAAUAAGAGAAAGAAGACGCGCAAAACGCGAGGAACUAGAACGGCGGUACGAUGAACAGGAGAGGGCACAAAGGGAGCGCGAUGAGAGAAAUGAUAGAGAUAGAUCUUAGAUUGUUUUUUAUAUUCUUUAAUAAAUAAUUAAUAAAGCUGGGAUUUUGGGUUUUGUAUAGUC